UACGUCACAUCCGGUGGCGCGUCCCCGCUAGCAGGCGAGCGGCUCAGCUCAGCGCCACGUUUCUGGAUAUUUAUCGGAUUUUGAAGCACGGAUGUUGAGUGUCUCCGUGUUUUGAGCAAGAUCCAAAUGCGUUUUUUUGUUUUGUUUUUAUUACAAUAGCUGUGGUAAAUCGUAUAAUCAAGAAUUGAAGGUAAAAGAAGAGCACACCGCCUCCUUUUGUCAGAGGGCGGGUUGGUGUAAAUGUGGCGCUAGGACAGAGAAACGCUACCUGACCAUACCUGUCAAGUUUGGGAUUUAAAAUACAGGACAUUUUCCAACGCUGUCCCACCAGCCCAACCGAGAUCAGGAUGCCAUGCCACAACCAGCAGCUGAACAAUGUCAACAGUGGCCAGGAACACCCGAUGAAGCAAGUUCGGUUUGCAAACAGCAGCAGCAGCAGCAGCAAUGUCCCCGCAGUUGUGUCCAACUCUGAGUCCAGUGACUCCUCCACACAGUCUGUCAGCCCGGAUAACCUGGGAGCUCAGCUAAAACUGCUUCCUCUCAACGACCAGAUCCGAGAGCUGCAAACAAUAAUCAGAGACAAGACGACCAGUAGAGGGGAUUUUGUCUUUUGUGCGGACCGACUGAUCAGACUAGUUGUUGAAGAGGGCUUGAAUCAGCUUCCCUUCUCCGAGUGUACCGUGACCACUCCAACAGGGUAUAAGUAUGAAGGUGUUAAAUUUGAAAGAGGCAACUGUGGGGUCAGCAUUAUGAGGAGUGGUGAGGCGAUGGAGCAGGGUCUCCGGGACUGCUGCCGCUCCAUCCGCAUCGGGAAGAUCCUCAUCCAGAGCGAUGAGGAGACUCAGAAAGCAAAAGUCUACUAUGCCAAGUUCCCCCCAGAUGUGUACAGAAGAAAAGUGCUGCUCAUGUACCCCAUUCUUAGUACAGGGAACACAGUGAUUGAGGCGGUGAAGGUGCUAAUAGAGCACGGAGUCCAGCCCAGACACAUCAUCCUCCUCAGCCUCUUCUCCACACCUCAUGGGGCCAAAUCUAUAAUCCAGGAGUUCCCAGAUAUCACCAUCCUGACCACUGAGGUUCAUCCGGUAGCUCCGACACAUUUUGGACAGAGAUACUUUGGCACCGACUGAACUAAGGACAACCUGAGGAACAUGACCGGCAAUCAGAUUUCAGUUUAUUUUUGUUGUAUAUUUUGUCUUGUACCUCCUCAUGUUCUCCUUGUUGUGCCAAAUUCCUACCAAGCUCCUAAACUGAUGCAAAAUUGUUCCUCUGAUUGUAUUUAUUUUCCUUUUGCCGUGUGUGCUUGUGUUGUAGAAACCACAGAGUUCAUCAGGGAUUAUUUUAUUUUGCAUGUUGAAACAAAUGAUGGAUAAAUUAAGAAUUUAUAUUUGUUUAAAGACGGAACAAAUAAAUAAAAGUCUCAUUUCUGGUU